AUGAAGUUCACCGCGAUGAAAUUCUUCCGACGCAGCAAGAAGUCGUCCCAGCAGUUCAAGUCGCCCAAGAAUUCAACCCAAGACGAGCUAGAGCGGGACAGAUACCGUCUUUACAACCCCCACCAACCCGAUUACCACGGCUAUGCCGCCCAAAGGAACGGUGUAUUUGCGCCCUGGUUAGAGCUGCCACCCCCUAUAUUAGAAAGAGUAUUCUCCUUCGUUUGCCCCCACUGCUGCGACGAGUCAUACGAGACCUGUGAGCAGAGCGCUCGCGAAGAUGCCUGUAUGCUUUGCGACCUACGCGAUCUCUCCCACGCCGGCCAAGUCUGUAAGCGCUGGAGGAAGGCUGCCAUCAAAUUGAUGUACCACAGCAUACGAAUCGAUUCGGUACAUUACUGCGAACGCGAGAUCGACCUCUCCGAGAAGCGCAAACGUAGAAGUCGCUUCGACCGCAAUGGCCUUCCCGAAGAUACAGCUAGUGCUCGGUUACAUCUACUAUGUCGCUCGCUACGUGAAGACCCGACUCGCCUUGGGGCAAUCGUUCAAUACUUCAAGACUCCAUAUAUGCUACGAGAGUCCAGCACCCCCGCGCUGGCAAGGACUAUUGCCGUACUACCUAACCUGCGCUACGUCGACCUACCUGAGGGCUUGUUUAGUGACGAUCCGGCUUACCAUACACUCAAACUUGAGGUUCAAGCCCGCUGUCCUAAUCUGAGAAAGAUGACCUACCAUAGCGGCAGUGAGCGUAGCCUGGAAGCCUUGAGUAGGGGCGGUAUAUGGCCAAAUCUUGAAGUGUUGGAACUAGCUGGAAUCAACAUGGACCCGGCGGCACUACGUCACGUUCUAGCGAUGCUGCAAAACCUGCGAGCUCUAAAGAUCUCAGACUGCAGAAUCAUAGACGACGACAUGUUCAAGUACAAUGACAUGUUGCCCGCAUUUCCGGCUUUAGAAGAAUUAAUUCUGAUGGAUACGCUGAGAGUCACUUCCGACGGGUUUGUGGCGUACUUAUCCAGAGCAGAUACGCAAAAACAGCUCAAAGUCCUCUCUCUUUCUAAUACGGGUAUUCAACCCUCUACCCUUUAUGACGUGUUGGCACACGCACCAAACCUUACGACCCUCUCCAUCACCGAGCAAGUAGAUUCUGCGUUUCCAUCUCACUCCGGGCCCAUUCCACCCCUGACUAACUGGUCUCUACAAACUCUACGCUUCGAAAUCACAGCAUCGCCCACUACUUCUCCAUAUGCGAGCAUCACAAGUGGUUAUUACAAUUAUCUAGCCUCUUCUCUCUUCGCUGGGGGUCUACCACGCUUAUCCGCCGUGUACGUUCGAGAUCAGGACUUCCCGGAUACCCUUCUAGGUCUCCCACCGCCCGCUCCUGGCUUCGCGGGAGGGCAGCAACGACCCAGCAGCUCCAGUAGCGCCGGAAUGUUCGGGAACGGUGGCCUCUCGCCAUCCAAUACGGGAACCUUUGGCAACGCGCCUCCCCGGUUUAGUUCUAAUAAUCCCUUCGCUGCAGCGCUUGGUGCGCCACGUGGGCCACCAAUGCUGUCGCUCAACCAGACUCUCGAAGUUUUUACUAAGGGGGAAGACGACCUUGAUUGGGGUAGCAUUAGGAUGGACCCUUUUGACGCUUACGGCGGUGCUAGCAAUGGCCGUAGAGGCCGUAGCGGUAGUUCGUCGAGCGGCCGUCCUUUGAGUAGCUAUGGCCUCGCGGACCUAGGCUCUGGAUGGCAGGCCGGUGGUGGAGCUAGGAAAAGUGCUGUAGUUCAGGGAACCGGCACCGGUAGUUUUCUAGCCGUGCCGGGCGCGACGGGAAGCGGACACGGGCGUAGCCGCAGUACUGCAAGCUCUCAUGCCGCCAAGGAAGAUCUAUGGCCCCGGCCUAGCAGUAGUUAUGGGGCUAAAAAGGGAGAUCGAGAUUUAUGGCGUUAA